AUGGAAGAUGCAAAGAAGAAAGGUGUCAGUCAAGCUAUGAUUGGUUUAAUAUUCGGAAUCUAUGCAUUAUGUACUUUAGUGGGCUCAUUGUUACUUGGUAAAUAUAUUGUCCAGAUAGGAGCCAAGUUUAUGAUCGUUGCAGGGUUGUUCGUAUCGAGCGGAUGUACUGUACUCUUCGGAUUUCUUGACCAAGUGUCUGAUGGGACAGUUUUCGUCGUGCUCUGUUUUAUCACACGGUGCAUAAAUGCAAUCGGCUUUUCCGCCGCCGUUACAUCGUCUUUUGCAGUUUCAGCAAAAGUUUUCCCCGAGAGCAUAGCGACUGUUUUGGGCUUCAUGGAGAUUUUUACAGGUCUUGGCCUGAUAUUGGGUCCUCCGUUGGGCGGCUGGCUCUAUCAGUCAUUUGGAUAUGAAAUCCCAUUCGUUUUCACAGGAUGUCUUCUGUUUGCGACAGUGCCUCUCAAUUUGUGGAUUUUACCAAGCUUUGAUGCUGUUCCUUCUUCCCAGAAUUCCUUCCUCAGAUUGUGUACCAGAAUGAAGAUCCUUCUCAUCUGCUUCGUGGUGUUCUCGUUGAGUUCAGGACUUGGUUUCCUGGAUGCAACACUGUCCAUAUUUGCCAUAGAAAAGAUCAGUGAGGUAGUCACUUCCUGGAUGAUGGGCGUCUCACUGACCGCCUCUGACCCUGGGAUUUAUGAGAGGGGCCUGCUGGAGUGUGACAAAUCUGACCCCGAGCCUCCAGCUCUCUCUGUUGGGCCCAAGAAAAAGAGAGAGGACGAUGAGGAAAGAGACAGAAACACUGUCAUGUUUGUUUACUUGAGAGGUAGCUUCAGUCCAUCAUUUGAUCUAUCAUGCACAACAGUAAUCAACAUAAGCUCUGGCAUUAUGGAGGAACAGCUGGGUGAAAUACUGUAUGACCUGAACAUAUUUUUCGAGAGAUUCACUCAGGCACAGAGUCACUCUAAGGAAGUGUGA